AUGGGAAAUCUUUUCGGGAAAAAGAAAGCAACUCGGGUGACCGAGCAGGACAGAGCUGUGCUGGUACAAGAUAUUGAAUUUGCACAAAUAGAGAUGAAAGUCUUUGAAGGACUGAAAGUUGGCAAUGAUUGCCUGAAGAAAAUGCAUGAGGUGCUGUCCUUAGAGGAGGUGGAGAGGAUCAUGGAUGAAACACAUGAUUCCAUUGAGUAUCAGAAGCAAAUUGAUGAGAUGCUGGCGGGAUCUCUGACCCAGGAGGAUGAGGAGGCUGUGCUAGCAGAGCUGGAGGCCAUCACUCAGGGAGAAGCUGACCUUGAACUUCCUGAGGUGCCUGAGGAGGAACUACCAGAGGUUCCAGAGCAAGAGCCAGUGCGGGAGAAGGAGAGGGUGAAAAAGAAGCCAGAGCGAGAGAUGUUGGCAACGUAAAUACAGAUUUGUCAUAUCUCCUUGUCUGCUCUCGAGCCGUUUCCCCUGGAGAACCCAAGGGCUCAUCCCAGGCAAAACUAGGGGAGUGAUUGACAGUCCUCCCUCUCAUAUAUGUUGAAGAUCUACAAUCAUGCCAUUUUUCUAAUUGUAUAUACACUGCAUACUGUAUGCCAUUUAGUUUAGAUGAUUAUUCUGAAAUACUCUUUAACAGUGCCUGGUCUUUCUAAUCACACUACAGUUUUGUCUGAUCUUUUAAUUAUAUAUCAAAGGCGUAUCAUGUCAAUGCCUGUAACUUUCUAAUGUAUGCAUCACUUAUAUUAUAACAGUCUCUGUUAAAAAUGAUCCCCAAACAUUAGUGUUCAAAUUCACCAUAUUUUGUCACAAAGAACACAAAACUGAAGCAUUUUCAUUAUGAAUUCCAGUAUGUCCAGUAUAAACUUGUACAAACUUUUCAGUGUGCUGAAAGAUGUCAUUAAAAACUACAACUAUGACAAGCCUGGUUUAAGAAGUAAAAAACUGAUUUAUAGAUAAAGACUAAAGAGACAUCAUUGAAGGAACAUGCAGGUAUAAUAUAGCAGCAAUGUCAGUUUGAAGUUUACAAAACAACUAGUGUACACUUCUUAUUGAGAGGAAAAUAGUCAAAUCCUUAAUGCAUUAUGCUGCACACACACUGUUUUGUUUUAAUGAAGCAUACAUAAGAUACAAGGACAUGAUCUAUACAAGCAAAACUAAUGACAUUUGAACAUUAUUUUUCUGUCAUAGUUCUGUUUGUGACUAAUGCACUGAUUUAUUUGAACUUGAGGUCUUAUCAAUUUUUGAAAAAAAAUGUUAGCUCUGAAAACUUCUGUGAAUUCACUGUUCAGCUAGUUUAUGGUCUAUCUUCCUUAUUUCAUUUUGUAGUUCUGUAACAAUACAUUUUAUGUAAUCAUUUUUCAUCACUGUUUGUGCCUGCAAGAAAAUGAGUUCGUGUAGUGGCCACUAGGCAGCAGUGUAAUGCAAACUGUGUUGGGGACAAAUCUGGCAGAAUGGCCAAAUCAAAGGGUUUGCUUUGCUGCAGGUGGUUGUCAUGCAUUUCUCCAAACGGAUAUGUCAAAUCUUAAUUAAAUUAGCAAAAAUACAUGAAUGAGAUCUCUUUAAUAUCUCGUAUA